CGGGAGCGGUGGAUUGGUUAGUUGUCGUGCGCUCCCCGACUUGUGUGGAUGUGUAGUGCGUCGUAUUGAUAAGUCGCCGAUACGGAUCACACUACUUUAUACAGAUAUCAAAGGGAUAAGAAGAAGUCAAGUUGUGUGACAGAAAAUGGUGGAUCAUGAUUUCCAGAAAUAUUUAAUUCUUCGCAGCCUGCCUCAAUAAACUGCCACUACUGUCAACUCGUCUCUUCUUAGAUUCAAGAUGCUGUCCGCACUGCUGGUAGUUCUGUUCCUGCUCGCUGGUAUAUCCUGUAUCUGUCCCCCCGAGUGCGAGUGUGACCUUGACGCCAGAGGGAGAAGGGUGGUCACGUGCUCCAAGGGUGGCAUGCAGGACCCCAUCCCCAUCACGUUCAUGGAUGCCAUGAUGGAGGUGCUCAAGAUCUCAGCACCCGACAGUAACGAGAACACCCUCACCAUAGGACCGAUCUUCAAGCAGUUCUCUCAGCUAGAGGAGGUUCACAUAGUCAAGUCAAAUAUUCCAGCUAUCGGAAAACAUUCGUUCUGGGGCGUUCCUACUCUCAAAGUGCUCAACCUCACGCAGAACAACAUAUCUCAAGUACUCGAGUACAAUUUCCAGGGUUUGAUGCAUCUAGAACAUCUCCACCUGGAGGAUAACAGGAUAGAGUCGAUGCACAGUGGAACCUUCAGGAAGCUGCCAGAGCUGAGAGUCCUUAGUUUGGCCAGGAACAGGAUAACAGAGUUGGCUCCUCGACUAUUCCUUAGUCUGGCGAAACUGACAAGGCUAGACCUCAGUGGCAACCCCUUGGAAGAUCUUAGUCCUGAGGUCUUCAAGGAUGUGCAGGAGUUAAGAGUCUUCAGCUGUAGAAGAUGUGGUUUGAAGAACAUCAACGCUCACAUAUACAGCCUGCUCUCAUCCCUGACACAUUUGGACCUCGGAGACAAUGACUUCAAAUACAUCGCAUCGGACGAGUUUCGUGACCUCCGCAAGCUACAAGUUUUAAAGCUUGACGGCAACCAUCUUCCAGUAGUAUUAGAGAAAACUUUCAGUUGGACCCCCAAACUCCAAGUAUUGUCUUUGGCAAGAAACAGAUUGGCAAAAGUUACCACAACAGCUUUCGUAAACCUGACGACACUAUUAGAACUAGACAUAGGAUACAACAAGCUCGACCGCGCCGAGACCUUAACAUUCCAACCUCUUGCAGACUCUCUGCGGGCUCUCACCAUUAGCGGAAACAACAUUCCCAUCACUGAGCUUAAGUACGUAUUACAAGUUGUGGUCAAACUAAAGGAGCUAUCAAUAGCUGAUAUGAGCCUGUCAGACAUUCCAUUGGGGUUAUUAGUACACCUAGAACAUCUCAGGUUCCUUAACUUCUCUGGAAACAGUUUGAUGCACUUUCCUUCACAAGUGCUCGCCCCAGUGCCGAAGCUCAACGAACUAGACCUAUCAAGAAACAACUUCUACGGUCUGGAUGACAGAUUGCUGACAAGACUGGAGAACAUCGCGAUGGUUUAUCUACAAGGAAAUCCUUGGUCGUGUGACCAUUGCCAUAUCAACUGGAUGUUGAACAGGCUGGACAAGAUGGACUAUCUUCGAGAGGUCGUGUGUAUGUAUCCUUACUCAGUACAAGGUAUGACUCUUGAAUCUCUUGACAGAGAGAGUUUGGAAUGGUGCAGUGCUGACCCAUCAUACAGGGAUGACAGUCUGCGGCUAGCCUACACUACUAAGCUAGGGCUGAUUGCUGCAGGUGCUGCUGUUGUACUACUUCUCAUCUCAUCCACAGUGAUAGUGCUGACGGUGUUCUACUCGAGACACCACGCGGCGUACUACUACACUCACGAGGACAAGAGAGGACCCGAGCACGACUCUAUCUUCGAGAACCACGGCGCAGUCAUCGACGACACCAAGAAAGUGUCAAUAGCCACCAUUGACGAGAUCACAAAAGACCCUGACCUACAAAUCUUGGCAAAUGGGACAUGAGACUUGGGGUACUUUGUGUGAGACUCGAACAAUGUGAGACUCACCAGCCAAGUGACGUCUUUGUGAUGUAUGUGAUUCUUGUGGUGCAUUUCGUGAAUAUGAGUGGGUGUAAGUGUGAGCUGCCUUAAAGUAUCUCUUAGUAUCGGAGUCAUAGACCUCGAUUGCCUUUUCACUUUCAUCUAGGGUUAUGCAUACUUCAGAGAUCCACGUUCUCGAGCUAUACCCUUUCAUAUGAGACUGGUUACUUUAUUGACUCAGAGUGUUUAUGCUAAUGACUGAUAAUUUUAACGAACUCACAAAUAAUAAAUGUUGCAUAUUUGAUCACUUGUAUUGCUACGCCAUUUCUGAAGAAAUUCAAAAUACGAUAAAACCUUUACACAUUGUUUAUUUACACUAUUUGUAAUUAGUUUUAACAUGGU